UUGAAAAAAAAAGGUGAUGGUAAACGCAACGGGCAAUUCCCAUUUCCCACGCACAUAUCCUUACGCGCCAAUCGCCAUGUACGCGACUCUGACAGCAAAAUCGAGUGGCGGAUGGUCGUCCGCGGUCCCCUUCGGGCCUUUCUGGAAGCCGUUUCGUUUCUUUUUGGGCCUGAGAAAAACCCCUCCCCUCACACCGGAGGCCGCUUGGUUCCCGUCGGAGGCCAAGGCGAGAAAGCCAAGGCCGAGCUCGCGAUUCCGAUGGCCACCGCCGAGACGGAGGAGGAUCUGCUUCUCAAGAGCUUUCUCGCCGAGGUCAGCGAAGUCGAGAGAGACAAUGAGGUCAUCAGGAUACUUUCAUGUUUCAAGUUAAAUCCUUUUGAGCAUCUAAAGUUACCUUUUGAUUCAUCAAUGGAUGAUGUGAAGAAGCAAUAUCGAAAGUUAUCCUUGCUGGUUCACCCUGACAAGUGCAGGCAUCCACAAGCAAAGGAGGCUUUUGCAGCAUUGGCAAAAGCCCAGCAGUUACUACUUGAUCCACAGGAAAGGGAAUACCUUCUUAAUCAAAUAAAUGCUGCAAAAGAAGAACUAAGGAUGCAGAGGACGAAACAGUUGAAGAAAGAUAGUGCUUCUAAAACAAAGGCACUGGUUGAUGAGGGAAAAUAUGUGCAGCAGUAUGAGAAAUCAGAAGAAUUCCAGCAGCAAUUGAAAAUGAAAGUGCGUGAAAUUUUAACUCAGCAAGAGUGGCGUCGGAGGAAAAUGCAGAGGAGGAUAUCGGAAGAGGAAGGAAGACUAAAGAAGGAAGAAGAAGAGACCAAGGAGAUGUGGAAAAGGAAGCGUGAGCAUGAAGAACAGUGGGAAGAAACAAGAGAUCAGCGAGUUUCCAGCUGGAGAGAUUUCAUGAAGACUGGAAAGAAGGGUAAAAAAGGAGAGAUUCGACCCCCGAAGCUCAAAACAGAAGAUCCAAACAAAUCUUAUGUGCAGAGGCCAGUGAAGAGAGGAUGAAUUACAAUCAACACUGCUGCGCCACUUGACUUAAAAUGAGUGAACAAAUUUAUCAAAUAUUUUUUGUUAGAGCGAUUUUGUGGUUAAAGGCAGGUCAUGGAGUUGGGCUUGCUGGAAUUACAUCCUUUGUAUUACUACAGAGUUGGUAGGAUUCUACAUUUGGCCUCAUUGUACAACGCUAAGAAAAAUAUUUUACGUUAGUACAUUCGUAUUGGAUAUUUAAUUGGAACAAGGUGAUGACACAUUUUGCUAAGAA